CCCUCGUUGACUUCCCCUCAACCAUUCUACACUCCUCUUCAUUACUCUUUGCCAACCCUACUGUCUUGUCUCACAGUGAUAUCCGGCAAGAUGACCGGGUCUGAUGACAAGAUUACCAUUUCCAUCGACCGUGGCGGUACCUUCACCGACGUACACGCCGUCGUGCCCGGUUGCCCCGACAUCAUCCUCAAGCUACUAUCCGUUGACCCCGGCCACUACCAAGAUGCACCCACCGAGGGUAUUCGCCAGAUCUUGGAGCUCGUCACAGGCGAGCCACAUCCACGAGGGGAGCCUCUCAAACUCGACCGCAUCAAAAGUCUUCGCAUGGGGACGACAGUGGCUACCAAUGCACUGCUGGAGCGCAAGGGCGCUCGGUCAGUCCUUCUCACCACCAAGGGCUUCCGCGAUCUGCUCCGGAUCGGUGAUCAAUCCCGUCCCAACAUAUUCGAUCUGUCCAUGGCGAGACCUGGCGUCCUGCCGGAGAGAGUCGUGGAAAUUAACGAGCGGGUGGUCCCCUGCCACCCGCUUGCAGACAAAGACUGCUUCUCUGAAGCUCGAGUCGUCGAAGGCACAACUGGGGAACGAUUUCGGGUGGUACAGGAACUUGAUAUCGACGAAGUGCAGCGGGUCCUGCAGGAGUUGAAAGACCAAGGUUACCAGUCAUUAUCGGUCGCGUUGGUCCAUUCAUUCGCGUACCCUGAGCAUGAGCGCCAGAUUGGUGAGGUGGCCGAGAGUAUGGGCUUCUCCGUGACCUUAUCUUCGAAACUACAGCCAAUGAUCAAGGUUGUCCCUCGAGGCAUGUCUGCCGCGGCGGAUGCCUAUCUCACCCCUGUCAUCAAGACCUACAUCGACUCUAUCUCGGACAGCUUCGAGGGCGGUCUUGAGAAGCAACACGAAUGUCGCUUUGAAUUCAUGCAGUCAGAUGGUGGCCUGGUAGAUUUCCGCAGGUUCAGCGGGCUGAAAGCGAUUCUAUCCGGUCCGGCUGCUGGAGUGGUCGGAUUCGCGGCCACCAGCUGGGAUCCGAAGGAGAAAACCCCAGUGAUCGGAUUUGACAUGGGUGGCACAUCGACAGAUGUAUCCCGCUACGAUGGACAUCUUGAGCAUGUGUUUGGAUCCAAGGUUGCUGGUGUUCUUAUCCAAUCCCCGCAAUUGGAUAUUAACACUGUGGCCGCUGGUGGUGGUUCCAUCCUCUCGUGGCGGAAUGGUCUCUUCUAUGUUGGACCCGAGUCAGCGUCAGCCCACCCUGGCCCUGCUUGCUAUCGCAAAGGAGGUCCGUUGACAGUCACCGACGCAAAUUUGUUCCUUGGUCGGCUGUUGCCAGAAUACUUCCCUCACAUCUUUGGAGAAAAUGAGGAUCAGCCGCUCGACCUAGAGGUCACCACGAAGCUUUUCAAAGAACUCACGGAGAAGAUCAACUCCGAGCGGAAGGAGAAGGGCCAAACAGAGUUCACUGCAGAAGAGGUCGCAUUGGGAUUCCUGAAGGUCGCAGAUGAAUCAAUGGCGCGCCCAAUCCGCAACCUUACUGAAGCCCGUGGCUUUGAAACUGCUUCCCAUCAUCUUGCAUGCUUCGGUGGUGCAGGAGGGCAGCAUGCCUGUACGGUUGCUGCCUCAUUGGGAAUCUCUCGCAUCAUUAUUCACAAGUUCUCCUCUGUCCUAUCUGCGUACGGUCUGGCACUGGCCGAGGUUGUCAAGGAGUCGCAAGAGCCCCUCUCCACCGAAUACUCGACUUCCCGCUCCACUCUCGACAAACGCUUCGAUGACUUGAUCCAAGCGGCCGUGAAGGAUAUGGAGAGUCAAGGAUUCUCAGCUGAUCAAGUUCGACACGAACUUUAUCUCAACUUGCGCUAUGAAGGCUCAGACACAAGCCUCAUGAUCUUGAAGCCUGAAGACGACUCCGACUUCCUGGAGGAGUUCAGUGCCAGACAUCGCCGAGAGUUUGGCUUCAACUCCGAUCGGCCAGUCUUGGUGGACGAUGUCCGCGUUCGUACGAUUGCUUGCUCCAAAGUGCGUGAGGAAGUAAGCCCUCUGGUACAGCUCCGCGAAGCCACAAUCAAGGAUGUUAGCGGUGACCCAGACACUAUCUCGAAAGCCUAUUUCGAUGGCAAAGCCGAGCGGAUCGAUACUCCUGUGUACCAGCUGAACAAACUAGACAAGAACACUCGAGUACACGGUCCAGCAAUCAUCAUUGAUGAGACGCAAACAGUUGUGGUUGCGCCUAAUGCCGAGGCCAAGAUUCUGGAUACUUGCAUUGUGAUUGAUCUUCAGGAGCUACCAAAGAGCAGUGAAGAUGAAGCUACAUCUUCCUCUGGUAUUGAUCCUAUCCGCCUCACUAUCUUUGGUCAUCGCUUCAUGUCCAUCGCCGAGCAGAUGGGCCGAACCUUGCAGAAGACGUCCGUGUCGACUAACAUCAAGGAGCGCCUGGACUUCUCUUGUGCCCUCUUCUCUCCCGAUGGCGGCCUGGUAGCCAACGCGCCCCAUGUGCCUGUUCACCUUGGCUCCAUGCAGUUUGCUGUACGCUACCAACACCAGAAGUGGCUGGGCAAGCUUCAGGACGGCGACGUCUUGGUUGCCAACCACCCUAGCUGCGGUGGAACUCAUCUGCCUGAUAUUACUGUAAUUACCCCUGUAUUUGACAGGCCCGGUGGUAGCGAGAUCAUGUUCUAUGUUGCCUCUCGCGGUCAUCAUGCCGACAUUGGUGGUAUUCUCCCGGGGUCCAUGCCGCCCAAGUCGACCGAAUUGUGGCAGGAAGGUGCUGCCAUCGAAGGUGACAAAAUUGUCAGCAACGGUGUGUUUGAUGAGGAGCGGAUGAUCGAGCUUCUGGUUCACAAACCCGCGCAAUACCCCGGUUGCUCUGGAGCUCGUUGCAUCUCGGACAACCUGUCGGAUCUGAAAGCACAGAUCGCCGCCAAUACCCGUGGUAUCUCCUUGAUUCAGGCUCUUUUUGCAGAGUAUGGAGUAGAGACGGUUCAGAAGUACAUGUAUGCCAUUCAGGCUACGGCCGAGACUGCGGUACGCAAUCUGCUGAAGGACCUCCACAAGAAGUUUGGUGGUCAGCCAUUGGAGGCAGUUGACUACAUGGACGACGGGACCCCGAUCAAGCUGAAGGUCACUAUCAACGGAACCGAUGGGUCCGCGGUGUUCGACUUUGAGGGCACUGGUCCGGAAGUCUAUGGAGGGUGGAACGCGCCGAUUGCCAUCACCCACUCGGCCAUCAUCUACUGUCUUCGAUGCAUGAUCAACGCGGACAUGCCUCUGAACCAAGGCUGCCUGGCCCCCAUCGACAUCCGGGUACCCUCGCCCAGUAUCCUCUCGCCCACGAAAGCGGCAGCCGUGGUCGGAGGCAACGUGGUCACCUCCCAGCGUGUCACUGACGUGGUGCUGAAAGCGUUCCGGGCGUGUGCGGCGUCCCAGGGCUGCUGCAACAACCUGACCUUUGGCACCAACUCCAAGAAGGACCCAGACACGGGCGAGAUCAUCCCGGGCUUCGGGUACUACGAGACCAUCGCCGGCGGUAGCGGCGCGGGGCCGACCUGGAACGGCGAGUCCGGCAUCCACGUGCAUAUGACCAACACGCGCAUCACAGACCCCGAGAUCCUGGAAAAGCGCUACCCGACGCUGCUGCGCCAGUUCACUCUCCGCGACGGGUCCGGCGGCCAGGGCAAGCACCCCGGUGGCGACGGGGUAGUCAGAGAGGUCGAGUUCCUGUCCCCGAUGGAGGUCUCCAUCCUCUCGGAGAGACGGGUCUACCGUCCCUAUGGUCUCGAGGGAGGUGACGAUGCUCAGCCUGGAAUGAACCUGUGGGUGACCACGGACCCGGAUACCGGGGUGGAGAGGAAGGUCAACAUUGGAGGGAAGAAUACCGUCUCUAUGAAGACGCAUGACCGCAUUGUGAUCAUGACGGCCGGUGGCGGUGGUUGGGGUGCUGUAUCUGCUUGAUGUGAUGGAGAGUGGGUGAGAUGGACAGCGUUGAAUGGGUUCUUUAGAGGAUUGAUGUUUUUGGUAUAAUGAUGUAUAUGGCUAGCGAGGCGUUUUAGAUUGAUACAGUCGGUAUGAAUUGUAUAUGUG